AUGACAGAGUUACAAAGUGGAUUCAAGAUUAACUGCAUGCGAAGUGAUAGAGAAGGGGAGUUCAAGUCAUCUAAAUUUGUUCUAUUCUGUGAGAAUGAAGGAAUACAAAGGCAAUUCACUCUUGCAUAUACUCCACAACAAAAUGGAGUAGUGGAGAGGAAGAGCAGAACGGUGAUUGAGAUGGCUAAAUCCAUGUUGCAUGAGAAGAAAAUGCCAUAUUUUCUCUGGGCAGAGGCAGUGCAUACAUCAGUGUACAUUCUAAAUAGAUGUCCCACAAAGGCCUUGAAUAACAUCACACCGUUUAAAGCUUAUUCUGGAAGAAAACCAAGAAUAGCACAUCUGAAAAUAUUUGGCUCAUUAUGCUAUGUUCAUGUCCCAGUUGAAUGCAGACACAAGCUUGAGCCUAAAAGCUUCAAAGGUGUAUUUGUAGGAUAUGCAACUUGUGAAAAUGGGUAUAGGGUAUUUGAUCCACUAUCCAAGAAACUAUUCUUGUCAAGAGACAUUGUAUUUGAUGAAGAAGCUGCCUGGAAUUGGGAAGAGAACUUAGAGUCAAUAUCCCCCAAUGCUGGAAGUUUUAUUUAUGGUGACAUAAGUACAGGAAGCAGUGACAUAAUGGUGUUGUCUCCUACAUCAUCUACAUUAUCUCCACCUAGGAGAGUUCUUAGUAUUGAAGACUCUGAAGUUCAAUCCAAGUCACCUAUCUCAAGUGAAUCUGCAAGCAUGUCAAACUUAAGUGAAAGGCAUAAUCAAGCAUUUGAUCAUACACCAUUGAAGUGGCGGAAUCUAAAUGAAGUGUUAGCUCAAUGCAAUCUGUGCAUUAUGGAUCCAGAGAAAUAUGAGGAUGCCAAACAAGACGAGUCUUGGUUAAAAGCUAUGGAGGAUGAGCUGUUUAUGAUUGAAUAA